AUGAAUGUUUUAGAGUGGUUGCGGUGGUGGCAGUGGAGUGGGGAGGCGCAGUGGAAAAUGGAGGGUCUUCUGGGGGUUUGGGGUUGGGAUUUGGAUCCAUUUUGUUCUUCUAAGAGAAUGGCAUUGAUAUCUUUGAAAGAUGAGCAGGAGAAGUUACCUGCAGUUUUCUUAGGAGGGAAGUAUGUUGGCGGGGCCGAGGAGAUCAAGGAGAUGAAUGAGAGUGGUGAGUUGAGUAAGCUGAUUGGUGGGUUACCUGCGGCCUAUGUUAUCCCGUGCAAUGUAAACGGUUUGAUUAAGUGCGGCAUAUGUUAUCCCGUGAAGCGGCGAGAUUUAGAGUUCUUCUUCUCUUUUUUGCUCUACCAGAACUUUAUUUUCUGCUGGUCGCUCAACGACGAAGGUUUAGCGUUAUUGAAGUUUAGAGAAAGAAUAGUGAGUGAUCCGUACGACGCGUUGAAGAAUUGGAAGGAUGAGGAUGGAGUUGUUAAUCCGUGUUAUUGGUUUGGAGUUGAGUGCUCUGAUGGCAAAGUUGUCGAAUUGAACUUGAAAGAUCUUUAUCUUGGAGGAACACUAGCACCUGACCUCAGAAACCUUGUUCGCAUAAAGUCUAUCAUUUUGCACAACAAUUCUUUUACUGGCAUCAUUCCUGAAGGGAUUGGAGAGUUGAAGGAGUUGGAGGGGCUAGAUUUUGGAAAUAAUAACUUCAGUGGGCCACUCCCUCCUGUCCUUGACAGUAGUCUCUCUUUGACAAUCCUUUUCCUGGACAACAACAGGCUUCUCAGCAAUUUAUCACCUGAAAUUCAUCGACUAGAAACACAUUCUGAAUUUCAAGUAGAUGAAAACCAACUAGCUAGUGCAGCUAAAGGACCAUCUUACAAUGAAAGAUCUGCCUUACGGAAUGCUGUGCAAACUGAAAAUGCAAUUAACAAGCGACAGCUGCAAGUGGCCAAUGCCCCUCGAGUGAAUGAAUCACCAUAUUUAAGAAGUCGUUUCUCUGUUCCAGAAGCACCUUCUGAAUCUGGAAAGGCUCCACCUAGAUCUGUAGCCCCACCAUUUUCGCUUUUGCCUUCUCCCCCUGUAAAUAACUCCAUUCAAUCUCCUCCACCGGAACCAAAUCCGGCACCCUCUUCUCCCCCUGCAGUUGUUUCUCUUCCAACUCCACUGGAACCAAAUCCCCCUUCUGCUUCACCUAAUGGUUCUGCUUCAAAUCCUCUUCUAGUUCCAACUCCUCCAUCCUCUAAUAAUCCUAGAAAACCUUCCUCAUCAAAAAAACAUGUUUCUAUAAUUGCUGGUGCCAUAGGGGGUGCACUACUUGCCAUGUCCAUUGUCAUCUUCUAUGUGUAUAAAAUUAACAAGGCUACUGUCAAACCUAUUAGAUAA